AUGUUUAAAAAUAGAAAUAAUCAAAUAAUAAGAAUCAUCUUUAUUUUUUGUACAAUACUAUUAUUAUCAUCAACAACAUUUGUAGACUGUAAAUUUAUUGAUCAUAAUCUUAGUCACUCUUCAUUGGUCAAUUUAAAAUGUCUACAUCCUUCUACAAUGUGUACAGAACAAAUCAUAAAAGAUAGAAUUAAUAAUUGCAAGUCUUUAGAUCAACCAACCAAUAUCAUUGGAAAAUGUAUUAAAGAUGCUGUCAUUCAAAAUAGAAGUUGUAAAGAUUCUUGUACUAAAGAACAUCUUUAA